AUGAACGUAUCGAGUCUAAUUAAUAUUGGAUACAAAACUGAAUGGAUAAAAUAUGUUAUGAAACAAUAUAAUACGGCUAAUGUUCAAUUGAUUGAUACAACGAUAAGUGAACAUAAACAAGAAAUGUCGUUACAGAUUGAUAUUGAAAAGCGGCAAAAUAUAUUUUUAAGAUUAGGUUCAUCGAUUGAUAAAACAAAAUUAGAAAAUCUAAUCAAUACUUUAACGAUGAAUACUAUCGAUCAACUAGCGACUACUUAUGAACUCAUGCUAACUCAUGGGAAUGAUUUACAGACACUAGAAUCGAUAACAGCGGAAAGGAAAAUCGGAAAUGAAUUCGAAUUAGAUUCUAGUUUUUUUAGGAUGGAUGAAGAACAAGCAUUGGGAACCAUCGGAAUAUUUGAUCAACGUAAAAAAUAUGUAGAUUCUCUUAUUCCUUGUGAAUAUAGAUUAACAUCAAUGUAUGCACGUGACCCAAUUAUGAAUAUGUGGACAAAUUGGUCAAACACUCGCUCACCUGGAUUUCCAUUGGAAACAUUUCGUGAUUAUCCAUCGAUAGUAAAAUUAUUUUGA